AUGGGCUCAGGCUCAGGCUCGGGCUCGGGCUCGUCAGACGCCUCGAUGCGGCGGAUCACAGACACGGCUCGUGAUAGGGUGCGGCAUGUGUCGUUCACGCCAGCGCCCGGCGAUGGGUCGAACGACUCGUACUCGUACGCGUACUCGGGCUACGACUCAGCGUACUCGGCCGACGGCGGCGGCAUGCGGUUGCAGCCGCCAAACGCGCUCAACUGCUCGGUUGGCCAGAUCGACUAUCUGAUGGUCCGCCAGGGCUCCGCGCUUUGGUCCGAUGACGACGACGACGGUGGCGGGCGCGACGGCGUGCCGGCCCGUGGCUUAAGUAGCGGACGGCAGCGGCGGCGGCGGCGGCGAAAGCGCAAGACAGCAGCCGAUGUGGCGAGGCCUGGCGAGGGGCUGAUCUCGCGCAGGUCCGAGACGACGCUCGCCUUUGAGUCGCGGAUCCGCGGCCAGUUUGGGCGUGGCGGGUCGACAACCGCCCUCAACUCGGCUUUUGCCUGCAUCGACGUCGAGUACCACUCGCUGGCCGGGAUGGAGACGCAGCGAAUGGUGCCCAACUUUCUGCACUACGUCUAUCUCAAGAACGACGAUCUCGAGUCGUGCCCUGGCGUCCUCAUUCCAGACACGGUGCUGUUUAUCGACGGCGCGCCCGCCGAGUGGCUCUUCAUGUCCAAGGACGGGCGCAUUCUCAAGAAGCGGCAGGACCGACUCCGACUCUCAACUGUGCGGGCGGCGCUCAUGCGAGAGACCUCGUACCGGCGCGGGCCUGUGCUCGCCACCCUCACCAAGGUCCGGCACAACGUUGGCGGCGACGAGUCGUUUAUGUCGGUCAAGUACCUCACCGCCGAGUCGUUUGACGAGGCCUUUGAAGAGUCGGCCAUGACCCAGUACAUGGUGCUGCAGCGGUUUGUCGAUCCGCACGGCGUGCACAACGAGACCAUCAAAGUCGCCUACGCCGGCCUCGACACCACCCUCGAGCGCCGCCGCAACGUCCACGCGUUUGAAGAUGACAACGUCGAUCUCGCAACCAGGCUGCAGGUUUUCGAGGGCCGCAACCCACCGUCUGUCGCUGUCCCGUGGGCGCUCCGAGAGUCGGACGAGUUCCUCCGCGACAAAGUUCACAAGCUCGCCUUUGACAUUGCCAACCAUGUCCGCGUCUUCUCGGUCCGUCACCACCACAUCCACUCGAUGAACCUGUUCCUCAAGGUCGGGCCAAAGCAGAGGCUCUGGCUCCUCUCGGCCUCGCACGUAGUCGCCUCGCACGAGUCGACCCGCAACGAGCGGGUGGUUGCCGGCAAGAUCAUGCGCCGGAUCUCAGCUAAGCUCCAGGCUUCGGCCGAGGCAACGCGCCAGCGAAAGCGGCUCGGCGAGACUUGUGGAGAAUCUGACGGCUCGACCGCGCUCUCCAAGGCCAUCGGGCGGUUCAAGGACUUGCGGCCUUCGGUCUUUGCCGGCACAGCGCCGGCGUCAGAUCCCAAGUUUGUGCAGAAGCUGUUGCGCAAGGAGGUUGCCCGCCUUCAGGCCGUUCUCCACGCUGAAACCUCUGCCAUCGCCGACGCUACUGCGCGUGUUGACACACUCGAGGCUGCCAUCGCCUCUGAAGACAGGGUCAUUGCCCACCUCCGCAGGCUUGCCGCCUCGCAGGUGGGCGCCAUUUCUACCUUUGUCUCGAUGGCUGAUCUCCACUCGCAGUACAAGGCUCGGGUGGAGGCCGGCGUCAACUCAGAGUCGUCCGACUAUGACUAUGAUGAUGAGGUUGUGUGCGCUGGUGCGCCAACCUCUGUCUCGGGCUCCGACGACGACUCGCAAAUGUCGCGGGUUUCUCGGCUCUCGCGCGACGACGGCGAGCUCUCGUCGGAGGCCACCUCUCUGAGUGGGGAGUCUUAA